UGUUAAAAGGAAGCGAUGCCUCUUGCAAAGGUUCCGCUGGUGUCUGGAAACGCGUAAAGUGGUAUUCUAGGAGGUAUUCUUAACCUUGGCGACAUUUCAGAGAAGCCAAGAUGUUUCAGACAUUACUAUCGGUGCUUGUCGCCGCACUUGUAUGCUUGACUGGUGUCGAUGCGUCGCAAGAGACGACGGGCAACAGCUCCGUGGCCGUCUACUGGGGCUUCGGAAAAACUCGACCUCUAGCCGCCUACUGCCAGCCCGGCCAAGGCAUCGACAUCCUCAUCAUAGGAUCCAUCAGCAGCCUGAAAUCCGGUGGCUAUCUAACCGGCAUCUUCGGCGCGAACUGCACCGUCGAACCAUCCGGUUCAUUCACCAAGGGCUGCUCCGCCGUUGCUCAAGACAUCCAGACCUGCCAAGCGGCCAACGUCAAGAUCUUCGUGGGCUACAGCAGCGACGGAAACAAAUGGGCCAUUCCCGGCACUCAGGGCGCGUCCAAAAUCGCGUCCCAGCUCUGGGACUCGUACGGUGGUAACACCUCUGACAGCAAGAUCCGACCGUUUGGCAACGUCAAGGUAGACGGCUUCGAUUUCGAUGUCGAAUCCAAUCCCAGCCAUCAAGCCCAGAACUACCUUGGUCCGCUCGUCAAUGACCUCCGCUCCCACUUCUCCUCGGACACCUCCAAGUCGUACUACAUCAGCGGUGCCCCUCAAUGCCCCAUCCCCGCCCCGGACAUGUCCAACUCAAUCGCGCAAGCACCUUACGACUACCUAUGGAUUCAAUUCUACAACAACGACUGCGCCGCCGCCGACGUCGUGAAGAACUCGACGGGGAAUCCCAACGGCGCGGGCCAGUACAACAUCAAGAAGUGGCCGCAAUAUGUGUCGAGCGGCGCAUCCAAGGAUGCCAAGCUCUACGUCGGCCUUCCGGCGUCGAGAAGUGGUGCUGCUCACUGGGAUUGGGUCAAGCCUGCGGACUUGCCCAAGGUCAUUGGUGUGUCGCCGGGAAUCAGUGGUGUGAUGUUGUGGAACACUUUCCACAGUGAUCAGGCGACCAGCAAUGGAUGUACUUAUGCGCAGAAUGUUGCGCGGGUACUGAGUACUGGGAAGCCGUGCUGAAGAGUUGCUUCCUGUAUCGAUACAACGUCAGGCUGCCGUUGAGACUCUGAAGAUAGACAAAACUAGAAACCCUCUCCAUCUCCAUCAAAGCAUCUCAUUGUGUU